AUGGCGAAGGAAGAGCAGAAGAAGAGGGUGCUUGUUGUGGGCGCAGGUGCUGCUGGCAUGACAUGCGCCUCCCAUCUAGCGAACCACCCGGACAAAUUCGACGUGACCGUCAUCGAAGCCGCCGACUACUGCGGUGGCCAAGCCUUCUCCAUUCCCAUCGAUAAGAAGAAGCACGGCGCAUCAUGGCUCAACCAAGGCGUUCAGGGCGGCUCCUAUAUCUUCCACCAUACGAUGACCAUGUUCGCCCGUCAAGGUUACGCCGCCAAUCCCGUCAACCUUCAAGUUUCCUUCGGGAAGGACCAUCGCUUCUGGACCAACGUCUAUCCGACUAAGCUACUGGAACGGCACCAGAGCGAGGUCAAGCGCUUUUACUGGAUGCUUUCUUUUGUCCGAUGGUUCGAGUUGAUCUUCGCGUUGCUCCCGAUCAAGUACCUGAUGAAGCUCUUUUGGUUCAGCUACGAGUUCGCAAACACGGUUGCUCUGCCCAUGGUCGCCCUAUUUCUGGGCACCGGGAACUACACGCCUGACGUGCCCACCAUCAUCCUCGAACGACUUUGUACCAGUCCGACAUAUGGGAUGUGGUACCCGGCUGAUAAGGAGAGCAUCGCUAGCAACAUGCCGCCCAUGAUCGUCUUUCCGAACUUUGGCAAUUUCUACGAGGACUGGCGCAAAGAUCUUGUGAAGAGAGGGGUCAGCAUUCGGCUGUCUACCGAGGUAACCCAGAUAUUGAGUCGCGAUAAGGAUGGAGUGGUGGUCAAGACUAUCAAGCGAACCCCAAUGCCGGACAACCAUAACUCAACGAGCGCCUGGACAGCCGAGGAUCCGGUCAUGAACGCUGAUGCCAACGCCGAAGAGACAACCGAACACUAUGACGAGAUCGUUAUCUGCUGCCUUGCCGACACAGCCAAACGCCUUCUCGGCCGCACCGCCUCCCUCCGCGAGCGCCAAGUCCUAGGCUCCGCCAAGUUCUCCGACGACAUCACCAUCACCCACACGGACUCCGUCUACAUGCGCAAGCACUACGAGAACUUCUUCAACGAGUCGCAGGCCGUCAGCUCCCUCUCGGGCGUCGACCACUCCUCUCGCGUUGACUUUGCCCGCAACAACUUCCGCCCCAUGUACUACAUCAAGCCCUACGACGCCGACCUGACCAAGCUCGAGAUGGGCUUCGACUGCACCAACUACCAGGCCCAGUUCCCGCCCGAGGUCGAUUUCGACAACCACGUGUUCCAGACUAUCUACCUCAACAAGCAGCGCGACGGACACCUCUGGACAGAUACCGAGAUCGAUGAGUCCAAGAUCAUCCGCAAGGAUUGGUGGCAUCAGCUGUGCCACUCGUGGACGCACUACGUUUUUGUAGUGCCCUGGAUGCCGUUACUCCAGGGCAGGAGACACACACGGUUCGCGAGCUCAUGGACAAUGAUCAACGCGCACGAGGUGGCGGUCAUGAGCGGGAUCGCAGCCGCGGUGGAUCUGGGGGCACAGUACCCCGAGGAUCUCGAACGGGAUGGGUUUGCCCUGUUGAGCUUUAGGCUGUAUUACCUGCUGGUGUAUGGACGGUGGUAUAGGAGGAGAGUGAAGAAGGAGGAUAGAAUGGGGGAAGGACAUGAGUGGGCGACGGGGAUCUAUGGGAGCGUUUACAAGGGACCGGGGGUGACAGAGAAGGAGAGGGAGAUGUGGAGGGAGGAGAGGGCGAGAGAGAUGAAUGGCGGUGCGAAUGGUCUGGCGAAUGGUCUUGCGAAUGGUCAUGGUGGGAAGUGA